AUGUCAGAAAUCAGAGACCGUGAGGCAGCCGGUGCCAAGAACGUCUGGACCUGGACGCCGCGACUGUGGGAUAAAACCAUGCUGCUGCCGGGCAACGAAACGGGCUACGUCUGGACCGAGUUAUUAGACACCGGCAACCUGACGGCGAGUGACGGUGAAGAAGACCACGGUGGUCCGGAGGAGGUGGUUGUUCCGGUGAUUUUCGGAUGUAUAUUUUUCCUGGGUGUCGUCGGGAACACUCUGGUGAUGAUAGUAAUAGGGAAAAUCAAGUCCCGGCGCAACAGAAGUACGACGAACAUUUUCAUCCUCAAUUUAAGCAUAGCGGACCUGUUGUUUCUGCUAUUCUGUGUUCCGUUCCAGGCUACCAUAUACUCCCUACCUGAGUGGAUAUUUGGAGCCUUUUUAUGUAAAUGCGUACACUAUUUGGUUAUGGUGUGUAUGCUGGUGAGCAUCUUCACGCUUGUUGCCAUGUCAGUGGACAGGUACAUAGCUGUUGUACACUCCAAAAAGUCCCCCUGCGUCCGCAACAGGAGAAAUGCCCUCACAGGGGUCUGUGUUAUUUGGGCGCUAUCGUUCAUAUUCGCUGUACCAGUGGCGCAACACCAGAUACUUACUAACCAUCCGGAAGCACCGAACAGUUCGUUCUGCUGGGAAGCGUGGUACGCAAGCGCUUCCAAACACACCUAUAAAGUUACUAUUUUAGUCAUUGGCUAUCUCUUACCGUUGGGGUUGAUCAUAUGCUGCUAUGCAAAGGUGUUAUUCCAUCUCCAUAAGAAGAUGAAGAAUAUGUCCAAGAAAUCUGAACGCUCAAAAAGAAAGACAGCCCAGACAGUCCUCCUGGUGGUCACAGCCUUCCUGACCUGUUGGAUGCCACAUCACAUCAUCGCCAUGUGGGUGGAGUUUGGUUUUCCGCUCAACGACGCCUCCUUUGCGUGGAUCAUCUCCCACUGCCUGGCGUACGGGAACUCCUGCAUUAACCCCAUCCUGUACGCCUUCCUGUCAGAGAACUUCCGGAAGGCGUGUCGACAGGUAGUGUUUACCCGCCGGUUCCUCUACCCUCCACCGCCACAGGAGAAGGUGGUGCGCAUCCGCAUGGAGAACUUCUCAACCACACACACACACUCUAUUACCGCUAAUAUCUGA